AUGGCUAUCACCAAGGUCCACGCGCGCACCGUCUACGACUCUCGUGGCAACCCCACCGUCGAGGUCGACCUCGUCACUGACACCGGCCUUCACCGUGCCAUUGUCCCCUCUGGCGCCUCUACUGGUGUACACGAGGCUUGCGAACUCCGUGAUGGAGACAAGUCUAAGUGGGGUGGCAAGGGUGUCACCAAGGCUGUCGCCAACGUCAACGACAUCAUCGGCCCUGCCCUGAUCAAGGAGGGUCUUGAUGUCAAGGACCAGUCCAAGGUUGAUGAGUUCCUCAUCAAGCUCGACGGCACCACAAACAAGACCAAGCUCGGUGCCAACGCCAUUCUCGGUGUCAGCUUGGCUGUUGCCAAGGCCGGUGCUGCUGAGAAGGGAGUCCCCCUCUACGCUCACGUUUCUGAUCUCGCUGGAACCAAGAAGCCCUACGUUCUUCCCGUUCCGUUCAUGAACGUUCUCAAUGGAGGAUCUCACGCUGGUGGCCGCUUGGCCUUCCAGGAGUUCAUGAUCGUCCCUUCAUCGGCUCCGUCAUUUUCCGAGGCCCUGCGCCAGGGUGCGGAGGUCUACCAACUGCUGAAGGGUCUCGCCAAGAAGAAGUACGGCCAGUCCGCUGGCAAUGUCGGAGACGAGGGUGGUGUUGCUCCCGAUAUCCAGACUGCCGAAGAGGCUCUGGACCUCAUUACCGAGGCUAUUGAGAAGGCGGGAUAUACCGGCAAGGUUCACAUCGCUAUGGAUGUGGCAUCCAGCGAGUUCUACAAGACUGAGGAGAAGAAGUACGACUUGGACUUCAAGAACCCUGACAGCGACCCGACUAAGUGGAUCACCUACGAGCAGCUGGCCACCUUGUACGGUGAGCUCAGCAAGAAGUACCCCAUCGUCAGCAUUGAGGACCCCUUCGCUGAGGACGACUGGGAGGCCUGGAGCUACUUCUACAAGACUCAGGACAUCCAGAUUGUUGGCGAUGAUCUGACUGUCACCAACCCCCUCCGCAUCAAGCAAGCUAUUGAGCUCAAGGCUGCCAACGCCCUGCUGCUGAAGGUCAACCAGAUCGGAACUUUGACCGAGUCUAUCCAGGCUGCCAAGGACUCCUAUGCCGACGGCUGGGGUGUCAUGGUCUCUCACCGUUCUGGUGAGACUGAGGAUGUCACCAUCUCUGACAUCGUCGUCGGUAUCCGGGCUGGCCAGAUCAAGACUGGUGCUCCUGCCAGAUCUGAGCGCUUGGCCAAGCUCAACCAGAUCCUGCGUAUUGAGGAGGAGCUCGGCUCCAACGCCAUCUAUGCUGGCGAGAACUUCCGCAAGGCUGUCAACCUCUAA